AAAAGCAAACUUCCUCAGUAUCGCCGUGCAGUUGGUAAGGUGAAGAGUCCGUCGUGCUCAGGGGCGGGCGGAACGGGCUGACGGACGCGGCUAUGGGCCAGUGUGAGCGGCGAGUGGGACGUGCGUGGCGUGCGUGCGUUGACCUGGGAAGCACUGGACCUGUGAGGUGUGCGAACUGGUGGCAGUGAGAGACUCCGGCGGACAUGGCUCCCAGCGUGCCAGCGGCAGAACCCGAGUAUCCUAAAGGCAUCCGGGCCGUGCUGCUGGGGCCUCCCGGGGCCGGUAAAGGGACCCAGGCACCCAGAUUGGCUGAAAACUUCUGUGUCUGCCAUUUAGCUACUGGGGACAUGCUGAGGGCCAUGGUGGCUUCUGGCUCAGAGCUAGGAAAAAAGCUGAAGGCAACUAUGGAUGCUGGGAAACUGGUGAGUGAUGAAAUGGUAGUGGAGCUCAUUGAGAAGAAUUUGGAGACCCCCUUGUGCAAAAAUGGUUUUCUUCUGGAUGGCUUCCCUCGGACUGUGAGGCAGGCAGAAAUGCUCGAUGACCUCAUGGAGAAGAGGAAAGAGAAGCUUGAUUCUGUGAUUGAAUUCAGCAUCCCAGACUCUCUGCUGAUCCGAAGAAUCACAGGAAGGCUGAUUCACCCCAAGAGUGGCCGUUCCUACCACGAGGAGUUCAACCCUCCAAAAGAGCCCAUGAAAGAUGACAUCACCGGGGAACCCUUGAUCCGUCGAUCAGAUGAUAAUGAAAAGGCCUUGAAAAUCCGCCUGCAAGCCUACCACACUCAAACCACCCCACUCAUAGAGUACUACAGGAAACGGGGGAUCCACUCCGCCAUCGAUGCAUCCCAGACCCCCGAUGUCGUGUUCGCAAGCAUCCUAGCAGCCUUCUCCAAAGCCACAUCCUAGUAUCAGAAGGCCAGGCGAGACUGCAACACUGCUCAUCACCCCGCGGCGUGAUCCCUGCUCUUAGGUGCUGGGCAGAGGGGAAGGGUGGUCAGGGUGAGGAUGGUGAGGGAGGGCUGGUGAGGGGCUCAGAGGAAUACUCGGAACAACAGCAGUGUUAUUGUAGUGUGGCAGUUUCUUUUAUACAUAGGUGAGAGUUUUUAAAGUGUAAGGGAAAAAUUAAUUUUUUAAAAAACACCAUGCUUGGAGGGUGGGGGUAGAAAUAGACACAAUAUUAUUUCUAAGGAAUCGGGUUUUCAUUUACUCUGGACUGGUGAAAAUAUUUUUUAAAGCCAGUGCUCUAAGACCUCAGGUUUUAUCUCAGAACCCCAUGGGUUCCAGACCAAGAGUACAGGAAAUCAAAUUGUUGUCCUGUCUGUCUAUAGCUUGGAACAGGGAGCUUUGAUUACUGACCCCGGUUCCACACACUGUAAGAUCAAAAAACCAUCUCCACAUUUGAAAGAGAUGUAAGGUGUAUUCAUAGGGAUGGUGGCUCAACAAAUCAAGCAAACUGGAAUCAAGGGGAGGGGGAAGGGAAUGAAAUGGAAAGGGAGGCUGAUUCCCUUCCCCUGACUUACCACUAAUUUACUAGGCUACCUACUCUCAUGAGUAACCUCUCACAGCUACUCAGCACAUGCCACAAUCCUAUGCUCUUGCCUUCUUUUAUCUGCAGUGUGUGAAGGGACUCUUUUAAAUAAAUGAGCAAGUGUCCUAAGCUAUGUCAUCCAAAGAUUGUCCUUUCCAUUCUCAAAUCCUGUGACUGGGAUCACUCAACAGCACUGUGUUGUAUUAUUUUCAAUGAGGUGCCUUUCUUAACUGACCAAAUGCUGCCUUGUUUGGCCCCUAAAUCAAUAAAAUAUGUUAAAAUUUGUAUCCCCUGUUGUGGCAUUUUUUUUAGAUAAUCUAAGCUAGAAAAAUGACAUUGAAUUCUGGACCUGGCUGGAAGGAAAAGAAGCCCUUUCUUGUGGUCGCUGGCAGCUGUGUGGUAGGGAGGUCCAGGUAUGUGCAUAUGAGAUAAGCCUGCACCCUCUUGACCUUCAGCUCCUAUGCAGGCUUCUCUUGAGCCCAGAGACAAGGCAGCUUGGUCUAGUGGAGAUAGCACUGUGCUUGGAGUUCAGGGGACCUAGGACAAAUCCCAGCCAGUUAGUUAUUCACUGUGCUCCUGUUUCCUCAGCUGAAAAAGGAAGUUGGUUAUGCCACCUUCUCGGCCUUAAUGGCAUUAAAUGAAAUUUAUAGGAAGAGGUUUUUGCUCAGUACCUGGCAUGCAACAGACAUUGGAUAAAUGUUAGUUGGAUCCAGAUAUACACAGAAAGAUAUCUGCUUCCUGCCAGGCUGGAUAACUGUUGAAUGGACACUUGUCCAUAGUCUAGAAAGCCAGUGCUUCUAAUCCCUAAGCCAGAUCUUUGACUACCUUUUCAGUUGCUUCUUUAACACUCUUUGUUGCUUCUCUGUGUGUCCUAGUUUAAAUUCAUUUCCUCUCCAGCAAAAGUGAGCUUAAAUAAUUUCUCCAAACUAAAGCUCUCAUGUUUUUGGAAGGGCUGCCUUUGCAAGUGAGGUUUCUGAGAAAUGACUGUUGUUCCCAAAACAAGAGGGAGCUGGGCUGGAAGCACCACUAUUCUUUAGGCAUCUUGUUACAGAGAGAGGCAGGGUCUUCACUGACAUAUUAAAUCCUGUUCCCUGAACCAGCCCCUCCCUCUUCUGCUCCACUUCCUCACCUGUGCAGAGUCAUUUUCAGGUGUUAGCCUUACUGAUUUGCACUGAUCUGUUUGUUCCCUGAGCUUUUUAAAUACCCUGUGAAAAUUUUCUUUCCUCCCUUGGUCAUCAUGCAUCUAAUUGUGGGGAAAUGUUUGUCAAACCAACCUGCAAAGCAGCAUGGUGUAGUUGAGAAGAAUAAACAGAGAAGACUGGGUGA